AUGGCAGUUCAAAUUGAAAUAACCGCAUCAUCUAAGAUGGAACGCACUGGAGGAAGACAGGCGCUAUUUCACAUGGCAAACUGCAUAAGUGAUACGGUUCAUUUUCUGCUGAAAACCAUACUGUUCUUAUUUGCGAACCAGGACACACCAUCUAAAACAGAUGAGGAAAAGCCAAGUAUCAUAUGGAAUUAUGUAGCGAUCGCUCUAGUAAUACUCGCAGUUAUCCUCUCCGUUGCAUUGAUGUUGAGUAGGCGACUGCAGUCUGCUUUUCCGUACAACGUGAUUGUUGCUGCAAUAAUAAUUAUCCUAUUCAUUUAUGGAAUGGGAUUUUUCUUCUAUAUCAGUGAUAAGUUUCAUACGCUUUACUCUCUGCUCAUUACACUGGCUAUUGCGAUCAUAGUACUACUGAUAACAUUCAACUUGAAAACAAUGCAGUUGGGUGGAUUCAUUUUGUUUUUCACACUAGCAUGUGUAUUCGCUGUAGCGGGAAUCGUUCUGUUGGCUGUCAAAUUUCGCGAUAGAUUAUUCAGGAUUUUGGGUGGAGCAUGCUUAGCCGUUUCUACAUUCUUCAUUAUGUUUAUCACGGGGUGUGAACUAGGAUUGCGUUUCAGAAGAGGCUCUCCAACCUCUGCUGUGUUGAUUGAAAUGUUUGUGUAUUUCUUCGAAAUGAUAGCACUAUUUUUUUCAAUAUACCUAUGUUUCAUGGAUCCAAAAGCACCCAAAGGCCCUACAGCAAUUGGAGUCUCUUAGACUUAUAUAACUAUGAGUUAGACAGUAAAGUAACACUCGAUGCUGAAAACUCUCCCCUUCUAAAUAAAUGCA